AUGGAUAAAGUAGCUUGUUUAAAAGUUGGUGGAUAUCUGAAUGGUCGGGGUCAACACAAUACAAAAGAAUUUAACGAAUGCAAAGAGGCUAUUGCAGAAAUUAAAAGACUCUCCAAUCAAUCAGACCGACUUGAAACUCAACAAUCCAACCAACUGAAAUUAAUUGAAGACCAGAUUAAAGAUCUCACAAUACAGAUUAAGGAUCUGAAAAACACCGAUAAACAACAAUCGUUCAGCGAAGUAGUCAGUAACCCUCGUCCACCUGCUCCAAUAAUCAUCAGAACAGACGAGGAUAAGAAUCCAGACAAUAUCCUACAAAUAAUAAAUACCUCAAUAGUUAAACCAGUGGUCAAAAAAGUAUUCAAAAAUAAAAACCUCAUUGAAAUCAAAUUCCAUAACCAAAAGGAUAAGGAUAAAUUGACAUCAUCCAUUCAAAACAAAAUUGAUUUUCGAGAUAAAGUUCAAAGACUUACAUCACUCAUAAUUCUAAAUGCUCCAGCUCAAUUUGAAGGGGAGGAUAUAGCUACCAUACUACAGCAGAACAGCUACUCAUCGAACGACGACAACGUUAUAAAAAGUGACACAACUAAGCACUAUCAUGUUGAAAUGGGUGAGAAACCUUUUUCCUGUAAUCUAUGUAAGAGAAGUUUUUCACAAAGAGGUAAUCUGACUAGACACAGUCAUGUUCAUACGUAUGAGAAACUUUAUUUUUGUAGUAUAUGUAACAAGAGUUUUAUACAAAGUGAUCUGACUAUACACAAUCGUGUUCACACUGGUGAGAAACCUUUUUCCUGUAGUAUAUGUAAUAAGAGUUUUUCAAAAAGAGGUCAUCUGACUAGACACAGUCAUAUUCAUACGGAUGAGAAACCUUAUUCUUGUAGUAUAUGUAACAAGAGUUUUAUACAAAGAAGUCAAUUGACUGAACACAAUCGUGUUCACACUGGUGAGAAACCUUUUUCCUGUAAUAUAUGCAAUAAAAGUUUUUCACAGAGAAGUACUAAUCUGACUGUUCACAGUUAUGUUCAUACUGGUAAGAAACCUUUUUUCUGUAGUAUAUGUACCCAAAAUUUUUCAAGCCAAUUUUAUCUGACUGAACACUGUCGCGUUCACACUGGUGAGAAACCUUUUUCCUGCAGUAUAUAUUAUAGGAGUUUUUCAAGCAGAAGUUAUCUGACUAUACACAAUCGUGUUCACACUGGUGAGAAACCUUUUUCCUGUAGUAUAUGUAAUAAGAGUUUCUCACUUAGAAAUACUCUAACUAUACACAAUCGUCAUUAUCGUGUUCAUACUGGGGUGAAACCUUAUUCUUGUAGUAUAUGUAAUAAGAGUUUUUCGCAUAGAAGUUCUCUGACUAAACACAGUUAUGUUCAUACCAAUGAGAAACCUUAUUCUUGUAGUAUAUGUAAUAAGAAUUUUUCACGUAGGAGUCUUCUGACUAAACACAAUAUCGUUCACACUGGUGAGAAACAUUUUUCCUGCAGUAUAUGCAAUAAGAGCUUUUCUCUAAGAAAUACUCUAACUAUACACAAUUGUGUUCACACUGGUGAGAAACCUUAUUCUUGUAGUAUAUGUAAUAACAGUUUUUCGCAUAGAAUUUGUCUGACUAAGCACUUUCGUGUUCAUACUGGUGAGAAACCUGAUUCUUGUAGUUAA